AUGGCUCCAUUACGCAUACUUCAGGCGAAUAUUAACCACUGCGCUGCUGCUCAGGAUCUUCUGCUCCAGAGCAUGGCGGAGUGGUCGAUAAAUGUCGCUGUAGUCUCAGAGCCGUACUUCGUUCCACCCAACGAUCACUGGGUGGUGGACCUGGAUGACUCGGUGACUAUCAUCUCGUCGGCUACCAAUGGCACCCCGACCCUAGAGAGGCCUCAGAGAAGCAGGGGCUGCGUUGCUGCUCGGUUUGGAGAUAUCGCUGUGGUGGGCGUUUACUUCUCUCCGAACCGAUCUCUCUCCGAGUUUCACAACUCCCUUAGGGAUUUGGUUAACGUCGUUAACGAGUUCCGUUCUCUCACUGUGCUCGUCCUAGGGGACUUCAAUGCCAAGAACUUGGCUUGGGGUUCUCGGCUCACCGACGUACGGGGUAGGAUGGUGGAAGACUGGGCUUUAGAGACAGGCCUCGUUAUUCUAAACCAGGGUUCUGUGCCUACGUGCGUGCGGAUGCAGGGUGAGUCGGUGGUGGACAUCUCGUUUGCCAGCCCAACUCUGUCAUCGCGCGUCGUUGACUGGCGCGUCAUGGAGGACGUGGAGACGUAUUCCGACCACCGGUAUAUCCGGUUCGACGUCUUUGCCGAGUCCGAAGACCCGCCGGUCAGGCAGGCGCCCUGUGGAACGCGAUGGGCCCUGAGGCAGCUAGACCGAGAGUUGUUUCUCGAAGCCGCAAUUGUGCAGGCCUGGGUAAUUCCACCAGAAAGGCCUGCCGAAGUCAAUGAGGAGGCAAGAUGGCUCCAGGAUGUGUGA